UCUCGCGGUGAAGUUGAUCCCAGGCAUGGGCCCGACAGAUCCGAAUGGAUGCGAUUUCAUGAACACCAGGUCUGGUACGAUUGGGCCAGUGGCGAGCGGUCAGAACCGCCGAGCCCAGCACACUACGGAGAUGUGGACAAGAAAGCAGCUUUUGUAUCGGUGAAGUACGUAACCUUUCCAGAACCCGCCGAUAGGAACAUCAACAUGAUGCCGUUUCGGUUUGGCGACAAGGACUCUUUGCCUGUGGAAUAUCAGUGCUACUGGCAUCUGAUUGAGGAGUGCCCCUACAUGGACCCCAAUCUGUUCGAGGGGUCGUCAGUUGGAUACCUCACUGUGCACGAGAGCUUUGUCGACGCCACCAAGGCUCAAAGGAGACAAGGUCUUCACAUUGAAGCCCCCGGUGUCUCCACUGCCGAGGAACUCGGAAACAUCGAAGCAUACAGCUCCCAUAGGAAGCCCGUAGUUCAUUUCCAUUGGGGAAUGGGAAGAUACGUGGAGGACGACGAAACCAUGCGCCUGGAAGGAGGAAUUUUCAUGGCCUCUACUGUCGCCAAUACCAGCCAGCUUUGGCACGCCUUGGUAGAUAAAUCCACUCCUGGAAUCGUGGAUCAUCACGGUGGCUGUGAGCACUUGCGCCCACUGCUUGGUCAGGGUCAAAAGUUGGACGCCAAUGAGCUCAUUUGGAUGACGGACAGCACACCCCACGAGGCUUUGCCUCAGCAGGAAUCGGGGUACCGCCAGUUCUUUCGAGUUGUGACGUCCGAAAUCUCCCACUGGCAUGCCGAUCAUUCGACACCGAAUCCAUUGGUUCCCUUGCCUCGCGAUGUGACAGUUGUUGCUGGUAACAAAUUUGCUUGAACGUGGCUGAUGCGAAAACUGCACAAUGCGAGUAGAAGGUUCCGUGAGCCGGUUUAGAACCCGUCACGACUGACCAUGACAACCGAAUGAUACAAUGAGUCAACCCAUGUUAUGUGUUUUAACUUUUUAAAAUGAAUUGUCUUUCCGAC